AUGGCUCACUCCUCGGCCGUCAACGGCUCUGGCUACCAAACAUACGCAGUUCCUCUGGCAGGCGGAAAGAGGAAGCGGGCUACUGCGGACAGCCAGUCAGAAUUGGCUGAGCCCAACGCGACUCCCAUCGCAGCGCGUUCGAAGAGGAGUCGCCCCAACGAAAAGGAGUACAACGCCAAGUAUAUGGCUGAGAUGUGCUUCAGCGCGUACAAGACGCGCUUACACAUCGCCGGCUAUUCGCAGUAUACUGCCGACGUUGCGAACGACUGGCGAGAGGAUCUUGUCGAGUUGUUCAGCCACGCCGCGUUGAAAGGAACCAUGAAGCAGAAUGCAGCGGCUCGUCAUGUCAUCCCUCGUCUAACAACUCUAAUCCCUCAAAAGAACGAAAAGAAGGGCGUGCUUGUGAAGGACUUUGCGAAGCACUACGAGACUGUGCGAAAUGACAUGAUAGUCAUCGACAGAGUCAUGGGAAAUGGCUUCAAGGUCAACGAACAAUCCAUCGUCGAAGUACGCGAGUGUCUCAACGGCCUACACUAUGUUCUCGCCAAAGGUGAGCAAUGGCGCAACGUCAUGCCUUACACACCGCUGCCAAUGUACCGGCUUCGAGCCCUCCGCGACCUGAUAAAGUACUCACGACCGCACCACCUCCUCGGCGAUCUGGUCACCAACAUUGAAGAAAUGGAAAGUUGGCUCAGCCCGCCACCUGCGAGCUUUAGCUUCCCAAUUGGGUCGAUCGACGAGACGAUAGAGACGUUGCAGAAAGCAACCGAGGACAAGAUUGCGAGGACCAGCAUUGGUCCCGACGCACAGCAGAUGGCAGAAUACCGAGCGCAAAAGGCCGAAGCCCUACGUCUGCAGAAAGAGGAACAGGCCCGUCAACAAGAGAAGGAACGACUUGACGAAGUCCAGCGAGUUCAAGCAGAGCGAGAUCAGCUGAAGCAACAGAUCAAGUCGCUCGAGAUGACCGCCGCAAAGGAACGCGCUCAAGAGAGUGUGAAGAAGGUCGCGGAAGCUGCAGCAACAGCUCAACGCGAUAAAUCAUACCAGGAUCAGAUUGCGCAACAAACAACUGAGAUCAACAAGCUCAAAACCGACCUAGCCAACCUGUCUGCUAAGCAGGGUGCCCAAAAUAAGCCUGAGGCCCCUACAACAUCGUCACUUCAAGUUACUGCAGGACAGAGUAGCACUACAAUGAACUCUUCAUUCAGUAGCAAUCAGACUGCCAACAAUAGCUUCUACCAACCACAGAGCUCUCUAGGCACUUCCUUCGGAAGCUCUGUAAAUGUCGAAUCCCUUCAAUACUCAUAUCUCCAACGGCGCUCCCUCACAUCUCUUCGGAAUGUCAGCCGGCGACGGCAACUUCAAGUCGGCUUGCCCAGCACACAAGAACGGGACCUGCAUCUUAGGCAGAAGUUGCAAGCUACCCCACACCGCAUGCAAAUUCUGGUUGAGCGGUAG